AGGAAUCGCAUUACAGCUGGCUUAAAAUCAGUUGUCUGUCAAGAAACAGAGUUGAGAGGAGAAAUAUCCAUAGGCACAGUACUUCAUCCUCAAUGUAGAAUUAUCGCGGAAAACGGGCCAAUAUACAUAGGCAAGAACAAUAUCAUAGAAGAGAAAGUAACCAUUUUCAACCGCAAAGCCUUAAAGGAAAUGCAGUAUGUUGAAGGAACACAUAUCGGCAAUAACAAUGUCAUAGAAGCAAGAGCCCGCAUAAUUGGCAGCUCGUCGAUCGGAAAUUAUUGUGUGAUUGGAGCGGGUUGCUCUACGGAAAGUAACGAGGCAAUAGGUGAUUUUACAGUCAUAUAUGGAGCAGAGUCAAAGAGAAGAAUGCAAAGCCAACCAUUACCUGCCCAAGCAGCUCUCCACGCCAGACAUCUAGAGUAUCUUAGAGAAGUUUUACCAAAGUAUAACCAUUUGAAAAAGCUGGAAAUGACAUCGUCAUAG